UUUGCGAUUUUAAUAUUUUUACGACAGUUUAAUGUCUUUCCACUAUCCACGUAGAGUAAAAGAUUUACCUGCUUUAGAACCGGACUCUGACGAAGAAGAUGUUAAUCAGGAUCCUAAAAAUGAGGAUGAACUUCAAAAAAGUGGAUCGAAAAAUCAUUUAGCAGUGAUAGAAGCACCCCCAAAAGUAUUUGGAGCUUUUAGCAACAUGCGAAUGUUCCCCAAGCGUUGCUCAGAAUUACCCACCCUCGAUUCAGAUGAGUCCGAAGAAGAAGAAAACCCCAAAACUGAUAAUCUUAAUUGUGCUAUAUUAAAUGAUUCCUUUAUCAUGAGUCCUGCGGAUAACUCUGUACUUAAAACACCUGGCCCGCCAUCAGGCGUAAAGAAGAAGCGUGCUGUUGGCAAUCUGUCAUUUCUUACAGAUUUUAAUAAAUUGGCAAUAAACACUGAAGGCAAAGAAAAUAUAAAUAAAAGUGAAGAUUUAAUAACAGCGGUGGUAGAAACUAUACAACCAAAUGCCGCCAGUACCGCAAGAAAGCCACAUUUAAGCCGAGCAAUCACUUCGUGCCCUCUGCAAAGUAUACAGGAAGACAAAGUGGCAAACGAUAACCAUACCGGAGAUAUUAUCCGCAAAAGUAAUGAAAACUGUUCUGGAGCUGUUUUGCAACGUUUUAAUUCUGAUCCUACGCCACAGAAAAAUGCCAAGUAUUCAGAUUUAGAAACACCACUUCGGCAAAAUAACAACACAGCACUGAUUCCUGCAAUAGCAACUACAAAUGACGGUAUUGCUGAUUCGCAAUUCGCCACACCACAAAUUCGAUCAUUCUCAGUUCAGCGGAGGCCACGAGGCUUGUGUUCGACGCAGUCUCAAAAAGAGCGUACGGCAAUUGCUAAUGAGUUUCGCUCUCAGAAGGUUCUAUUUCAAACGCCAAUGGCUAUAACGCGCGCACCCGUCGUGUGUUUACCUAAUGAUAGUAUUACUUUAUCCCUUUGUGAUUCCAUAAAUGGUGCUGAAACUACUCCCAAAACUACAGAAAAUAUACAACAGAAUACUGACAAAAAUGUUGUAGUUAAGCAAGAGUUAAUUGUUAAAUCAAAGAAGUCACUGGAGAAUGUUUUUUCAAAAUCAGAUAAACUGGAGGAACCAGAUAGAAAGAAACCACCUAACAUGAAGAGUUCAGCAUCGAAAGAAAAAGAGGAUAAUUUGCACAUUAAUAAUUCGGAUUAUACAAUCAUUAAAAAAAUCGGUUGUGGAGGCUCCAGUUCCGUUUAUUUGGCGAAAAGAAAUUCGGAUGGUACUGAAUGUGCAUUAAAGGUUGUUGAUUUGCGCGGUGAUCCAGUUGUUGUUGAUGGCUAUUUAAAUGAAACAAAAUUAUUGGCAAAACUUCAAGGAAACAUCUGUGUGGUAGCACUCUAUGAAUACCAACUAUUGCGCAAUGAGUCAAGACUCUUUCUCGUCAUGGAAAAGGGAGACUCGGAUCUGCAUAAAAUUUUACAGACAUAUACUACAAAUCUGCCACUAUAUGUACUUAUGAAUUUUUGGUAUCAAAUUUUGCAAGCGGUUAAUUACAUUCACCAAAAUGGCGUCAUACAUUCUGACUUGAAGCCAGCUAAUUUUUUAAUGAUAAAUGGUCGUUUGAAAUUAAUAGAUUUUGGUAUUGCCAGCAAUAUUGCACUGGACUCAACGAGUAUAAUCAAAUUUUCUCAAGCAGGAACAUUUAAUUAUAUUAGUCCCGAAGCUCUUACCGACACAUCAACGGGAUCUAGCCCGAUGCGCAGUAAUCAACCAAAAAUAAAGAUAUCAACAAAAUCCGAUGUUUGGUCGCUUGGAUGCAUACUAUACUUAUUACUUUAUAAGCGCACUCCAUUCUCGCAUAUCAAAAAUAUCUAUGCCAAAAUAAAUGCUAUUACAAGUCCUACAACAAACAUCGAAUAUCCUACAAUUCCUUUAUAUUAUCCAGCAAUGCUUGUGCACAUGGCAAAAAAUUGCUUACAACAUAAUCCCAAAAAGCGUCCAUCUUGCGCUGAACUACUACAGUAUCCAUUUAAUAUGGUUAUACCGAUACAAAAUUUAGCGGUACCAACUAUGAUUAAAGAGAAAAAUUAAAACUCAAUAUACAUAUAUAUAUAGCGUAGAGAUUAAAAUCAAGGUUUAGUUUAUAUUAUAUGCUUCGUUUAUGUAGGCCACACAUCUGUAAACUACAAAUGCUUCUUCAUUUACA